CUUCAUAAGGACCAUGAGUGACAUUCUUUUUCUCUCCUCCACGUACCACCAACUUUGGAGCAAACAAAAGGGGAUAUCAAGAUGAAAUAUGUACUAGUUUCCGGAGGUGUUAUUAGCGGUAUUGGAAAAGGUGUGAUUGCCUCUUCCACUGGUUUAUUGCUAAAAACCUUGGGAUUAAAAGUUACCAGUAUUAAAAUCGAUCCAUAUAUGAACAUUGAUGCUGGCACCAUGUCACCAUUAGAACACGGAGAGGUUUUUGUAUUAAAUGAUGGUGGUGAAGUUGAUUUGGAUUUGGGAAAUUAUGAGCGUUAUUUGAAUGUUACAUUGACUCAUGAUAAUAACAUUACCACCGGUAAGGUUUACUCAAAAGUUAUUGAGAAAGAACGCCGUGGUGAUUAUCUUGGCAAAACUGUGCAAAUUGUCCCCCAUGUUACCAACGAAAUCCAAGAUUGGAUUGAACGUGUUGCUCGUGUGCCGGUUGAUCAGAGUGGUGAAGAACCAGAUGUUUGUAUUGUCGAACUCGGUGGUACGGUUGGCGAUAUUGAAUCUGCUGCUUUUGUUGAAGCUAUGCGUCAAUUUCAGUUCCGUGUUGGACGCGAUAAUUUUGUGUCGAUUCACGUAUCUCUUGUUCCCGUUAUCAACGGUGAACAAAAAACGAAGCCCACUCAACAAGCUAUUAGAGAUCUUCGUAGUCUAGGUAUUAUGCCUGAUUUAAUUGCCUGCCGCUGCAAGCUGCCCCUUGAGGAAAAUGUUAUUGACAAGAUUUCUCUAUUUUGUCAUGUUGGUCCUGAACAGGUUUUGGCUGUUCAUGAUGUUUCCAGCACUUAUCAUGUUCCUCAACUUCUUGAAAACAAAUUAUUAGAUUUCCUUAAGACGCGCUUUAAGUUGGAUCAGAUUUCUAUCAGCCCCAAUCAUGUGAAUGCCGGUUCAGUGAUGUGGAACUCUUGGAAACUUUUAACUUCCGGUCACGACCGUCUUUUCCAAAAGGUUACCAUUGUCCUUGUUGGAAAAUACACACAUCUUAAAGAUUCCUACAUUUCUGUUAUCAAGGCUUUGGAACACUCUGCUAUGCGUUGUGGACGAAAGCUUGAUUUACAAUGGGUUGAGGCUUCUCAUUUGGAGGCAAGUAUGAAUGGGACUGAUCCCCUUAGUUAUCACAGAGCUUGGCACUUGGUGUGCUCUGCAAACGGUAUUUUGAUUCCUGGUGGAUUUGGUUCCCGUGGUAUAGAAGGAAUGAUUGCUGCUGCUCAAUGGGCCCGUGAGAACAACACUCCUUAUUUGGGUAUUUGUCUCGGUCUCCAAGUUGCCGUCAUUGAAUUUGCUCGUCACGUUUGCGGUGUUGAACAUGCUACUUCUGAAGAGUUUGUACCUCAGUCUGAUGAGCAUGUUAUUGUUUACAUGCCUGAAAUUAAUAAAGAUAAGUUGGGCGGUACCAUGCGAUUAGGCUUGCGCCCUACUAUCUUCCAGCCCGAUAGCGAAUGGAGUAAGCUUCGUAAGCUUCACAAAAAUUCUAAAGAAGUCCUCGAGCGUCAUCGUCAUCGUUAUGAAGUUAACCCUAAGUACGUUGAACUUUUGGAACAAAAGGGUCUUACGUUCGUCGGUAAAGAUGAAAAGGCUGAGCGUAUGGAAAUUAUCGAGAAGCGAGAUCAUCCUUACUUCGUUGGUGUACAAUAUCACCCCGAAUAUCUUUCUAAGCCUUUAAGACCAUCUACUCCUAUUUUUGGUUUGGUCGCCGCUAGUGCUGGCUUACUUGACGAGUUUAUUAGUUCCGGAGAACCCGUGGAAUGGACUGAUGUUUCUCAUUUUAAUGCUGAGUCCGCUCUUGCUGAUUCAUCAGAAUCUGUGGAGGUUACCAGCCAAGCUACUAUAGUUUCUACCGAUUAAUUAGUUUAAAUCGUAUUUCUCAGUUCUUCUCGGAGAAAAAAGAUGGAUUGGCUCAUUGUCACUCACUUUAUAUUUUAUGAAUACUAAAGGUUUUGGUUUUGGUACUUGGUUAACACUUUGGUUUGUUUUAAUAAUACACUUGAUUUCAAUUUUCAAAUGUUAAAUCAUGUGUCGUAUUGAAUAGACACUCACAAUACUAUUUAUUUUUUAAGUAAAACUCAUUUGGAGGUUUUAAGAAUAGUAUAGGAUCUUGUAGAUUCAAAUCACACAUGUGUUUUGCAUAUUAUUUAUCUCUCAGCGAAAGCUGUUGUGAAUAUUAGUACAGUGCUAGGGCAACUUGAGUAGAUUAAGACUACACUAAAUUCGACAGCAAUAUAAAUUCAUCAAAGAAUAAUUUAUGAAGCGGUUCGAUUGCUUGAACUAAU